AGCUAUGGAUUAUGAAGUACCAGUAUUUAUUCAACAAGCUUCAGUGUCUGAUUAUGAAGUUCCUGUCUCCUCUAAUCCUAGCUACUCUGAUCAUGUACCUCUCUCUACUAAUAAUAAUCAGCUAUUAGCUACACCAGUAACUACUAAUCCUUCCUAUCAACCAGUAGAAUUGGAGACUGAGUAUUAUGAUGCUUUUGAUACAAAUAAAAUUUGUACAAAAAGUAACACCUCAUAUCUACCAGUUGAUCUAAAAACUACAACUACUUCAGUGAGUCCUUCAGUUCAUAUCAAAAGGACAAACAAGAGAAUAAGAUCAUAUUUCAAUGAAGAACUAACCAACUGGGAGUAUAUACUAGCAUUACUGGCCACAUUGACUGUUCUAAUUACAGUUAUUGCUAUUAUACUGUGGUCAUUAUUAAUGUCUGGUGUAGUUAAUAACUCAACUUUGUCAUCGUCUCUCACUACAAUAGCAUCAAAUAAUUCAACUAAUAACAGGAUUACUGCAAGGGAUGAAUCAGGACCUAACUGUACCACCUGCACUAAUAAUAAUAUAAACACUUCAAGUUUAACAGCUAUAAGGGAGCCAAUAUCAUUUAUAAGUGAAGAGAUAAAUAAACUGAUGCAAGACAAAAAUAUGUCAACCAGUGAUGUAUUGAAACAGCUCAAUGAUUAUAUGUAUCAGAUUAAAAUUAUUAAUGAAUCAUUACAGUCAUUGAUAACUGAGUCUAAUAAACCAAGAAUGCCUACACUAACUGGAUUAAACCUGACAUCAUCAAUAACUAUCAAUCACGAUGACUGUACUAGCAGUUUUGUAGCAUGUGAUAUUGUUAUACAGCCUUUUUUUGAUCUCAUCCAAAUCUGUCAGCUAUCAACAAUACAAUAUGCUAAUACAACUCAUAUAAUAGCAUCAUCAUUUGGUAGAGUUACUCCAAUUGGUACAGGACAGUUUAAUAGUACUACUAUGACACAUCAGGUUCAAGCAAGUACUGAUGAGAUGUAUUUUUCUAAUGAUACAAUUAUUGAAAGAUUAAGAGUCAUCAAUAACUUCUCUUUGUUUCAGUUAUAA